CAAAAUGUAAGCAAUAUACAAUUCAUAACAAACAAAUCACAGAUACAAAAUAUGCCGCCAGAUUUAAGCGUGCAGCAUCUGAAAGAAACAACAAUGACAGCGAGAGUUGUACCAAUUGCUGACCAGAGCAUGAACUGGCAUAUGGGAGAGGUGCUCCGGGGCCUGUAUGUGGGCAGCUGUCACGACUCCAAGGAUCACGCGCAGCUGGAGAGGUUUCAGAUUUCGCACAUCGUCGCCAUACAUGACACUCCCAAACGUCUGUGGCCGGACAAACACUACCUGUGCGUGAUGGCCUCGGACACGCCGGACCAGAACCUCUCCCAGUACUUCUCCGUCUGCAAUGAUUUCAUCCACGCCGCCCGGCUGCGGGAGGGCAACGUGCUCAUCCACUGCCUGGCGGGGAUGUCGCGCUCGGUGACCGUGGCCGUGGCCUACAUCAUGACGGCCACGCACCUCAACUGGAAGGAGGCGUUGAAGGUGGUGCGUGCGGGUCGCGCUGUGGCCAAUCCGAACACCGGCUUCCAGAACCAGCUGCUGGAGUUUGAGCAGUUCAAGCUGUCAGAGGAGCGGCGCCGGCUACGGGAACGAUUCCCGUCCGCGGCCCUGGAGCAGCUGGACCGCCUGAAGGUCGCGACGGCACUGAACAGCCACAAGGAGCCGCUGCAGAACCGGGACAUCUGCGAGGGCAACAGCACAGCAACCGACGCGAAACCUCACCAGGGAGAGGUGCGGACCAGCAUGGCCUACAGCUUGCAGUUUGCGGUGGAAAAACGAAAGCCCGUGUCCCUUGAUCAAACCACAAAAAAACAGCAUAAAAACAUCUCCAAGAUUAGCAAUUGCGGCGAGGAAAUAAUGCCCAAUGUGCGUUACUGCAAAGCGGACGGCAGCACGGGACGCUUCUGCAAUGAGUUCCUGACUGGCAGAAAUGAAGCGUCUGGCUCAGAGAUUACAGGAGCAGGCGACAACGCAGCGCAGGGCAGCAAAUAGACACCUUAGACCUUAGAUUUGUACGAGUACUCUCUCCAGUUGGUUUAUUCAUCCAUUAAGGUAGGGCUAUUGACUAUUCGGUUUAGUUUAAGUUAGCGAUUGAAUUUGUUUAGACAACGACUAGAUUUAUAAUCACUCUCACAAUAUGCUGAUGCUACACAGAUACCACAAUUACACACUGGACGGGGCACAGACCCCCAUGCCACCCCGGGAACAUGCCAACAGGAAUUCGCUGGGGGGCC